AUGAACGCUCAAACUCAAAAUACAAAUCGUGAGGAUUGGUUAUUAUGGCAAUUUACUGAUUCUGCGUUGCCAACCGGAGGUUUCGUAGCUUCUGCUGGAUUAGAAUCUGCAACACAAGCAGGACAUGUUACAAAUACAGAGUCUUUAUUAUUGUUUUUAAGUAGUAGCAUUGAUAAUUAUGCUUAUAGUUCGUUACCAUUUGUUACCGAUACUUGGUGGGCCGUCGAUAUAGGAAGCCCGGGCAAUGAAAAUUUAAAUGAUAAAGAAAAAGAUUCUGUGAACAAUAUGGAAAAAAUUAUGGAAAAAAUUAUAAGUUUAGAUAAUUUAUAUGACGCUUGUACAUCAAAUUAUGUUACAAAGCGAGCUUCGAAAGCUCAAGGUGUCGCUAUGUUAACUUUAUUUGCUAAAUCUUUUGCUAAUGAAGAUAGUAAACCAAAUAUGAAAGACUCCGUAGUAGAAAAGUUUAAGCUUAGAGUUAGAAAAGAAAUUUCAUAUGGACACCUGCCGAUUUGUUUUGGAUUGGUUACAAAGUGUCUUGGAAUUAGUUUGGAGCGGACACAACAUCUUUACCUAUUCUUAUUUGCUCGUGCAAUUUUAUCUGCCGCCGUUCGAUUAAAUAUAAUCGGCCCGUAUUAUUCUCAAAGGCUGUUGACAGAAUGUCAGGUGUAUGUUGAAAAGUCUUUGGAAAAAACUUGUAAAUUAAACAGUAAAGUGGCUGUACAAACAUCACCAUUGUUAGAUAUUUUGCAAGGAAGACAUGAUAAAUUGUAUUCUAGCAAGGAUGAUACAUGCCGUUAUUUCCCAUCUUCUGAGCAAAAUGAUUGUAAUGAACGUAAUUUUUGCGAAGAGUGGGAAGCUGCUGCCAUUGGAAUGAUCCUCGCUUCUGUCGUUGGCGGUUUGGCUUGGUUGCAUUUGGUAUCAGUUCUACUUGGUGGCAGAGCGAGAAGAGAAAAAGCCUGGAAGAUAUUAUCAGUUCUGUUCUUUGUAUUUGGUAUAAGAAAUUUUGUUGUUCAAAUCGAACUUUGA